AUGAAUAUCCUGAAUGGAACUUUCUCAAGAUCUGACAAUUUCAAUGCUUCAAGUGAUGCAUCCUUCUUUUCCAGCUCUCUGCCUCUGCUUCCACACCAAAACCUCAAACCUAGUGAGAACUACCAUCAGUCUGUUUCCGACUUAAACCAUUUUGAUGGAGGCAUUGGCACUAUGCUUGAUGGUCGUGACUCGCAUCCAGUCGGGAGCAUGCUUCCCGAUGAUGAGGAGGAGCUUUUGGCUGGUCUAAUGGAUGAUUUAAACUUGAGGACAUUGCCUGCUACAUUAGAUGACUUGGAUGAUUAUGAUUUAUUCACUAGUGGAGGAGGUCUUGAAUUGGAGACUGAUCCACAUGACAGUUUAAACAAUGGAUUCGCAAGAAUGGGUUUUGCUGAUUCUAACAUUGACAAUGGUAUGCCUCAAAACAUAUUCCAAAAUGGAGUGGGAUCGAUUGCUGGCGAACAUCCUUAUGGUGAACAUCCUUCAAGGACUUUGUUUGUUCGGAAUAUUAACAGCAACGUUGAGGAUUCGGAAUUGAGAUUUCUUUUUGAGCAAUUUGGAGAUAUCCGAACUCUUUACACAGCCUGCAAGCACAGGGGUUUUGUAAUGGUCUCUUAUUACGAUAUCCGGGCUUCUCGAGCAGCUAUGCGUGCGUUACAAAGCAAGAUUCUUAAACGGAGGAAACUUGACAUACAUUUCUCAAUCCCCAAGGAUAAUCCGUCAGAGAAAGAUGUUAAUCAAGGAACUCUUGUGGUUUUCAACUUGGCUCCAUCAGUUUCCAACAAAGACCUCGAAAAUAUAUUUGGAGCUUAUGGCGAGAUUAAGGAGAUACGGGAAACACCAAAUAAGAGGCAUCACAAAUUUGUUGAAUUUUUUGACGUUAGAUCCGCUGAUGCAGCUCUCAAAGCUUUGAACAAAACCGAAAUUGCUGGUAAACGUAUAAAGCUUGAACAUAGUCGUCCUGGUGGUGCUCGUAGAAACAUGAUGCUGCAAAUGAAUCCAGAAUUUGAACUAGAUGAUUCCCGGAACUACCUGAAUCAUGUCGAUUCGCCUUUAGCUAGCUCUCCUGUCGGGAACUACUGGUGUAACGGCCCUAUUGAUCAAAAUCCUCUACAAAGUUUCAGUAAGCCUCCAAUAUUUGGAAACUUGAGCCCAACAAUGAACAUCCGUUAUUCAGAAUUUUCUUCGAUUCCGCAUUCUCAAGGAGCAAACCCGACAAAAGCUGCAUCAGUGAGCAAUGAUCAAGGAAGAAGGGUGAGCCACUUGGAUCAUCUGUUUCCAAGCAGCAGCUAUAAUAAUGCAAGCCAUAUAGCUACUGCCUCGUUUGGAUCUGCUUCCUCGUUUGGCUCUUUGAACUCAAACUCGGGUCGCGUGGAAACGUUAUCUGGAUCAGAAUUUCUGUGGGGAAGCCCCAGUUCUUCAGUCUGGCGUGUGAAUCCAUUCUCUUCAAAUGGAAAAGCUCACAGAUAUCCUUACCACCAGCACCAUCAUGUCGGAUCUGCGCCAUCUGGACUCUUCCCAAGGUCCCCUGAAACUUCAUCAAUGGGUUUCCGAGGAGCAAGUGGUAAUAUGAAUGCUCCAAGAAACACGCGUGAAAAUGUCUCUACAAGUUUCAAUGUGCUGUCUUCUCCAAGACAUAGUCAAUUGUUUAUGGGCAAUGGCUCUUACCCAUGGCCUGUUGCGAGAAUGGCUUCCACGGACGACUCAUUUGAGGAUGGAAGGGGCCAACAAUUUGAUAGUAACACUAACCAAGUAGACAGCAAGCAACAGUUUCAGCUCGACUUGACUAAGAUUAUGAGUGGCGAAGAUUUACGGACAACUUUGAUGAUAAAAAAUAUCCCCAACAAGUAUACCGCGAAGAUGCUGUUAGCUGCUAUUGACGAGAAAAACAGAGGAACUUAUGAUUUUCUAUAUUUGCCUAUUGAUUUCAAGAAUAAAUGCAAUGUGGGUUAUGCAUUUAUCAACAUGGUGUCUCCUAAAUUCAUCAUUGCGUUGUACGAGGCUUUUAAUGGGAAAAAAUGGGAUAAGUUUAACAGUGAGAAAGUUGCAUCCUUGGCAUAUGCACGGAUCCAAGGCAAAACCGCGCUUAUCGCUCACUUCCAGAACUCAAGCUUAUUGAACGAAGACAGGAGAUGCCAACCUAUUGUCUUUGAUGGACCAGAAUCUACUUAUCCGAUCAUCCUGGAACAUUUGCAGCUCGAGGCAUCAAACUCGACAGGUGCUCAUCCUUUUGCCAAUGAAAGCACGCAUCGGAGCUGA